AUGGACCCGAGCCCGAACACGAAGAAAUACUUUCAUGGUGGAGAUGGAUCGAGGGAUGACUGCAGCAAGCUUUGCGGGUCUGACGCAACCGGUUGGUACCACCCUCGCGGGGACCACAUUUACUGCUUUUGGGGCGGACAAUGUAACAUUUUCACCAACAAUGGCCUCAAUUGGGGGGGGCCUGUGAUGGAUUUUCCGUCGGAAACGUGCACGGUCCUGGUGUCCAAGGUUUCUGGCGGAUGGGAAUGGCUGACCUGCACCAUGAACAAUCAGGACUAUAAGGUGGAAAAGGGAACCUCCAAAAGCCAAGAUUGGGCCAAUGAGCCCAAUUUUGCAGGUGCGGCAUCAAUGGUUUCCAAAGCGGCAGGGUAUGACAUGGGAACCCAAACCUUCUCGGAGUCUAUCGCAGUGUCCCAAAAAGUUCCAUUGCGACCCAAAAAAGGGAAACAAGUUUGCCUUUGGCAGUGGACCAUGGACAUCCACGGGCCACCAAGCCUGGGAACUGUGCUUACCAAGGCGGAACAUUUUCAGCAGACGUCAUCGAAAGACCUUCGCCCAAAGUGCAUCCCAGGCUACGUCGACCCGAGUGACCCUGAUGCUCAGACAUGCCUACAUGGCAAGUAUGCCUGA